AUGGAGAUGGUCUCCCUGCGCCCGCAGGACAUCAACGAGCUCAUCAACGACCGCUCGGCCUCGCCGCCCAUCUCCAUCGCCUCGACGCCUCCCCGGCGGGCGCCGCGCAGGCUCAAGACGGAGCGCGACAGGCUGUUUGACGCCAUCGAGGCCGGCGACGACUACCCGCUCGAGGCGGUGCCCAUCAGGAGCGCGGACGACUUGAACGAGGCGCAGCUGAAGAAGUGCUAUGAGAUUCUGCACGCGUGCGGCAGCGCGACGGAUCCGAACGCCAGCUUGACCAAGACGAGGCAGAGCAUUGACGGGUUCUUGGACGCCGUGUUUAACGACUGGUCGAGUCGCAAGGCUGGGUCAUUGCUGCGCUCGGAGCUGGAUUUCUUGGUGGAGGCGGAUGUUGUCGCAGGACGAGUGUGCGGAAAACCUCAAGAACACGCAGACAUCGCCGACUGCGACGCCGGCUCUCUCUGCGCAGCGACAGUCUCUGCCGUGGCCACCUACUGCAGCAACCCACCCAUGUUCAAGCUCGAGUUCUCCAUCGUCGACGAACUCUCCGGCCAGCCCGAGGCCUUCUGCCCCAUCUCGCGCCGAGACGUCCGCUGGGCGGCCGGCGACUGGAUCGGGGAGCUGCGCAAGGGCCUGCAAGCCAAGGUCGUGGCCAAGAUCCACAAGCACAACAAGCACCUGGCGAUCUGGCAGGCGCGCAAGCUCAUUGGCGAGUGGGCCAAGGGGAGCUUGUCGAUGGGGGAGGAGACGAAGAAGAUGGGCUUCCUGGAGCGCUCGGAGGCGGACGUGGCGGUUCUUGGGCUUGGGGGGAUGAUGGGGGGCAAGUAG